UACUCCAUGUCAGAUUCCAACACAACCGACUUCACCAACCCUUCCACCUUCAUCCUGCUGGGCAUUCCUGGCCUGGAGGCAGCCCACGUCUGGAUCUCCAUCCCCUUCUGCACCAUAUACAUCAUAGCCAUGUUGGGGAACUUCACCAUCCUGUUAAUUGUAAAGAUGGAGCCAAAACUCCAUGUGCCCAUGUACUAUUUCCUCUGUAUGCUGGCCGUUGCUGACCUGGUCCUGUCUACAUCCACCCUACCCAAGAUGCUGAGCAUCUUCUGGUUCAAUUCCAGGGAGAUUGAUUUCAGUGCCUGCCUCACCCAAAUGUAUUUCAUUCACUGUGUCUCAGUGAUGGAGUCUGGGAUCUUCGUGGCCAUGGCUUUGGAUCGCUAUGUGGCCAUCUGCGAUCCCCUGAGACAUUCCACCAUCCUGACAAGCCCCGUGGUUGCCAAGAUCGGCCUGGCCGUAGUGCUGCGCGGCGGCAUGCUUGUACUGCCCUAUCCCUUCCUAGUGAGGCGGUGGCCAUAUUGCAGAACCAACAUCAUCCCCCACACAUACUGUGAGCACAUGGCCAUAGCAAAUCUGGCCUGUGCUGACAUCCGUGUCAGUAGUUACUACGGCCUCUUUCUGGCCUUCUUUCUGUCCAGUCUGGAUGUAUUUUUUAUUGCCUUGUCCUAUACCCAGAUCCUCAGGGCCAUCUUUAGCAUCCCCACAAAGGACGCCCGGCUCAAGACUUUUGGGACCUGCGGCUCCCACCUCUGUGUCAUCUUAGGCUCUUACAUCCCAGCUCUUUUCUCCUUCCUCACGCACCGAUUUGGACACAAUGUGCCCCUGCAUUUCCACAUUCUCAUGGCCAACAUGUACCUUCUGGUGCCCCCCAUGCUGAACCCCAUCAUAUACGGGGUGAGGACCAAACAGAUCCGGGACAGGCUGCUCCGGCUCUUUAUGAUAAAGGGACCUAAAGUUUUCUCCUGA